CGGGCUUUCGCGCGGUCUGCUGCGGCGCCCUCAGCGAUCCCGUUACCCACGCAUCUACGCUGGACCUGAAGCUGUGCUUCUUCGGCUUCUCGGACUCGGAUGGAAUUCCUUAGACUGGUGUGCAGUUUGAGCUAUGAGUCAGCUAGGUUCGUCAUUGAUGAUCGUCGGCUGCUCGUCAAUGACAACUUGAAGAGCGCCCUCGGAGGCUGGGACUGCUGAGAAAACACCGCGAACCCCGACAGCACGCGCUCGAACAAAGUCCCUUGUGCUAUGCUUAGAGCCGUGAGAGCCCCACUUCAAUGGCAGCGCAGUGCGUGUGUGACAUCGUCGUACAGCGGUGAAACUCGUGGCCGACUUCAAACUCUGGCAUAUAGGCCCUGUGAAAACCGACGCAGAUUCAUUUUGGGCCAGACACAUUGUGCAACAUUGACGGUUCUGGCCCAUGCAGUCGAGCAUAGCUGCAUAAUUUGUCGCGACGAAUAUAUCAGCUUGCACGUCACAGAAGUACAGGUGGCAACCCAGUGUAUUCUUCAUGUAUCUGUAGCAUCACGAUCAGCUCCAUUACAACGCUCGACGACGGUACAGCUGUUCGGCGUCUUCCAUGACGCUGGCUACUGGCACAUAGUGACACCGACUUCGAUUGUUGCACAUCGGGAACACCAUGUGGAGUCACUACACAUCUUUCUCAGGUGCGGUCCCGAUCCCUCGUCGAACACAUCAUCGACGCCGACUGAACGCCGAUACGAAGGCCUACAGAGGCGUCUUGUUUCCGCCAUUAUCAUGAAAAUCGAGAUGAUUGAUGACACAACGGAACCGGUGAUGCCGAAGGCAUCGCUAUCCGGGUGGGCUGGACUGGUGAGACUGAAAAUCUGAACUCUCGACGGACCGGAAACAUGCUCGCAAUGCAAACCCACCGUAGCAUGUGAAGAUCGAGGUGUAUUUCACCACGCUCUUCAAUUCGUGACGCCACGGGAUUCAUCCCCACGGAAGUGAGGCCGUAUGCCGCUGUAUGGUCGGUUGUAUUUGGCUCGAAACGGGUGCUGCGAGAGUUGCGCGAUACUUGGUCGUGAGGAGAGCAAGAGCAAGU